CUGCACAGGAAGAAGAUACGGGUCAGCAGGACGACGGACCGGAAUCAUUAUCGUGUAUGUUUAACAUGUCCCAAACUAAUAUGGAGCCGGGUUUACUGAUGUGUGGCGAGCUUGACGUUGUGCAAAGGUCCAGUCCCGUUUGGUCUUAAGACAUUGCACAAGGUAUGCUGAAAGAAAACAACGUAACAGCUGGGCGUGUUUACAUCUGCUAACUACCGUCCACCACUGAUUCAGAUAGCUGGAGCUGUGUGUCCGUCCCGCGUACAUCGGCUGUACAGCCCCACAGCCAUCCCUUCAGCCCCACACAGCCAGCCUCAGCUAAUUCUGCCCUCCAUCAUAUAAGUGGCUGUUCAAUGCCUAAUACAUCAGAAGGUCAAGGAGCAAACCUUUCUGGGCCAGCAGAACCAUCGGGGCUGCCCAGGCCCACCGAUGGGGAGGAGGAACGCAGUCUGAUCAGCUCCCUCGCCCGGGACGCUGCCAGAGUGAGGAGGGCUUCGAGUGCCGAACUCCAUCUGCCGUGGACCUGCCCGGUCACACACUCCCGUGAGAAGUUCUACACAGUCUGCUCCGAUUAUGCCCUUCUAAACCAGGCUGCCUCUGUGUACUGUCCCCCAAACACAGCCAGGGAUGUGGUCCCGAACAAGCAGGGUGAUGGGCCAUCAUCAGCUGACUUGAGCACAGGCCAGCCAGGAGAGGCCCAUGUGGGAUCAGAUGGGGACUGUGACAUGGUGGAAGUGUCCUCUGGCCACAGUAAGCCUAUUUUGGCCUGGGAGAUUGAUACCACAGACUUCAAUGCUGUGCUCACUAGAAAAACAAGAACAAGCAAUGUGAAGAAGAGCAGCACCAAGAAGAUGAAGUCAUCAGACAGACCCAGCCGAAAUCUUCAAGACGUCCCUUCUCAUGCCUCACUGGAGGAGAUCAAACAGAGAAAAGUGCUCGACCUCAGAAGAUGGUACUGCAUCAGUCGGCCGCAGUACAAGACUUCAUGUGGAAUCUCCUCAUUGGUGUCCUGCUGGAAUUUCUUGUACAGCACUCUGGGUGCAGGAAGCCUUCCACCCAUCUCUCAGGAGGAGGCUCUGCAUAUUCUGGGGUUUCAGCCGCCAUUUGAAGAAAUCAAGUUCGGUCCUUUCACUGGAAAUGCUACACUGAUGCGGUGGUUCCGACAAAUCAACGACAACUUCCGAGUGCGAGGCUGCUCCUACAUUCUGUACAAACCACAUGGAAAACACAAGACAGCAGGAGAAACAGCUGAAGGAGCAUUGAUGAAACUGACACAAGGGCUGAAGGAUGAGUCUAUGGCCUACAUUUACCACUGCCAGAACCACUACUUCUGCCCAGUGGGCUUUGAAGGCACGCCACUCAAAGCAGCAAAGGCAUAUAGGGGCCCUCUACCCACAAAUGAAAUGGAGUACUGGAUCCUUAUUGGUGAGCCCAGUAGGAAGCACCCAGCUAUUCACUGUAAAAAAUGGCUGGACAUUGUGACUGACCUCAACACGCAGAAUCCAGAAUACCUUGACAUUCGUCACACUGAGAGGGGGAUUCAGCGCCGCAAGACCAAAAAGGUGGGCGGCAACCUGCACUGCAUCAUGGCCUUCCAGAGGGUGAACUGGCAGAAGCUUGGCCCCUGGGCUCUAAACCUGGAGAACCUGCGCCACGAGUUCCACCACUCCGGCGCUGAGCGGGCCCACGGGAGCGUCGCAGACGAAACGGAGGACAGGACGUCAUCCAAGCGCCUGGCCUACCUGGGACGCUCACACAGUAUGGGCAGUCAGAAAGACACCAGCUGGAAACGCCAGUCUAACACUACAGAGUACAGACAGAGGAGCUCCCCUGACAGCGACCUUGAAGAAGACAUCACAGACUGAAAAGGUUUUUUGGGACAAAUGAGGGGGGGGCAAAAAUAACAGACAUUACAAUACAGUACAGUAGACCUAAGAUACAUUUUAAAAGGAUACGUCUGGUGUUCUUCUAUAUUUUACUGCCAACAAAUCCCAUGAAAAGAUGUAAAAAAUGUGUUAGACUCUCAGUACUUUCUAAACCCCUUAGGUAAGGGGUCAUUUGUUAAUACUGCAAUAACAGUUUUUAGUCACUAGGGGGCAGCGUAAACAAGUGAACUUGUUAGACAACAAUCAAACAUCCAGCAGUUACGAAGCAAUAUUAGCAUCCAAUAUUCACUCUCUUUUAGCUCUGUGUUUUGGUCUCCACCAACUCCUGAGGGAAAUAUCUGACUCUUUAGCUGCUAAAUGCUCCUCUAUGUUCACCAGCUAGUCGCUAACUGUGUCUGUCUGCAGUUUGGUGCCGAGCAGGUAGCGUACAGUGGACUGUUGGAGGUGUUUUUUUGCAAACAGCUGCCUGCAAGUGAAAGUAUCUAGUGAAACUCACUAUAAAGCUCUGUAAAGCUGAGGAGAACUGCUUUUAUGGAUCAUAAUUCUCUUUAGGUUCAUCACUACAAGCAACCCCAUUCCAUGUUGUUUUCAUUGUCAUUGAAUACACUGUGAUUGAUGAAAUUAGCGAUUAUAGCUGCUUUAAAAAAGGCGCAUACAGCUGGGCAAUGUAGUUUUUAACGAAUGUUACUUGAACAGGAGUAAAUAGUAUAUAUGUUGGGGACUAUUUUUACAGGUGGAUUAAUACACAUUUGGUGCAGCAGUGUGUAUUUACGGCAGCGGGACAGUGUGUGUGGGAUUAACUGAAACUACAGUGCUCAUGUUUACUGUCAUGAAGGAACUGCGUACAACAGUGUGCCUCACUGGAGUGUUUUUAAGUUUAUGAAACAAUAGCUCUGUGACACAGAGGAAUAAGAUAUAUCGGGCUUUGGAUACAAAGACACCUGCUAAUAUGAUCAAUUCAUUGAUGUCUUUUCAUGGGAUUGGUUGGUUGAACAUAAGUAAAUUAUAGAACAUCAUUAGACCUACACUUCAAUAUUGGAGAAUGAAUGUUUUUUAAGACUGUUUGAUGCAGAUGCAACUCAACUGUCAUUUUUGGGGCCAUGUUGUAGUUUCCAAUACUUUCAUUCAAGUAUUCUGUUAUGGUUCGUGUGCGUGAGGGUCUGCUGACUGAAACUUUUUAUUAUGCUGUCAUCAGAUGAUACACCACCAACUACUAUAAAUCAAUAACAACGGCAGCUACACAAAUGAGCCACAUUAAACGGAAGCAGUGUGCGUCAGUCAGUAGAGGUCUUUCUAUAAACUGUUUUUUUGUUUUCAAUACAGUAUACUUUCUGUUUGAGUUGCUAAUGCAUCAGUUGCAAACAAGAGUUCAGUGUGUUAUGUGAAUGAAAGGGGAAAGUCAUGACAUGAAGUGCACAGGGCAUUUUCCUAACAGCACAUCCAACUACGGCCUCAAAAAUGAGCUUUUUUAAGAAGUGAAGUGCAACAUGAGCUUUAUUGAGUGGUUACAACUUCACGGCCACUGUAUUGUAAGGUGUUUCUGUUAUUUUGUCUAUUCCUGUGUUAUACUAAAAGCGGCAGAUUAGGACUUGACACUACAUAUCAUAUAUACACAUUUCUCUUGAUUUAAUUAUAGUUAUAUCACCUCAUCUUAAACCCACUGCAGAGUGCACAUUAUAAUCAACUAGUGCUGUCGAGAAAACACACACCUUUGCUGUAAAUUGUGUUCAAAGAUGAAACACCUCCCGUAAUUCAUUGUACAGGUAAGUAGGCUUGUUUUGCGCCUGAUGUACAGUGGUUAGUUCAGUGGAAAUGCUGUCCAGUUCAAGUGUUGUGAAAGCAGCUGACAUUUUGUUGUGCUUUGUGAAACCUACUGUGACACUGUCGCGUAGAUGAUCCCAGUUUUUAAGAGACAGGAGCUGUACAGAAGUGAUAGUGGAAUCCCUCAAUCCCUCAGAAUCGUUUAAAAUGUGAAACCACGAAAAGUGAAGACUGCAUGGUUUGAUUUCAUGUUUAUAUACAGCCACAAUUUGUUCUCACUACUCUGUUUGCACCUUUGCCAUUUGUCUUGAUCCACACAAAUAUCAUCGUAUCCUUUGAUGUAGUGCUUUAUUUAUUUAUUUUACAAUAAAUUAAGAUUUUUAUAAA